AUGCCAAGAACUUAUGAACAAGAACUAGCUUUCCUGGAGAAAAUAACACCGACAUGUUGGAAGAUAAAGAAAGGUUUCGUCCCAAAUAUGAAUGUUGAGGGUGUUUUCUACGUGAACGAUUUCCUCGAGAAACUCAUGUUUGAGGAACUACGGAAUUUUACUAGAAGUGGAGAUUAUGGUGGCUUUUUACCAGGUAUGAAGCAAAUAGGAAACGUUGCGGCACUACCGGGGAUAGUUUAUCGUUCAGUUGGCUUGCCUGAUGUUCAUUCUGGAUAUGGUUUCGCUAUCGGAAAUAUGGCUGCAUUUGAUUUAUCUGAUCCGAAGUCAGUAGUCUCUCCUGGAGGCGUCGGGUUCGAUAUCAAUUGUGGAGUCCGACUUAUACGAACAAAUUUAAAUUUAAAGGAUGUUCUUCCAGUCAAAGAAAAACUUACUCAAACGUUAUUCGACCAUAUUCCUGUCGGCGUUGGUUCAAAAGGCAUUAUACCGAUGGAUGCUCAAGCGCUUGAAGAGGCUUUAGAAAUGGGUAUGGACUGGUCUCUUCGACAAGGUUAUGUCUGGGCAGAUGACAAAGAACACUGUGAAGAGUAUGGUCGUAUGCUUCAAGCUGAUCCAGCUAAAGUUUCUUCACGAGCUAAAAAACGAGGCUUACCACAACUUGGAACACUAGGAGCAGGUAAUCACUAUGCUGAAAUACAAGUUGUGGAGGAGAUUUUUGACAAACAUGCUGCAAUAAAAAUGGGUAUUGAUCACUUGAAUCAGGUAGUCCUCAUGAUUCACUGUGGUAGUCGAGGAAUGGGUCACCAGGUGGCGACUGAUGCUUUAGUUGCCAUGGAGCGAGCAAUGAAACGUGAUAAAAUAGAAGUAAAUGACAGACAAUUGGCUUGUGCACAUAUCACUUCAGAAGAAGGUCAAGAUUAUUUGAAGGCUAUGGCAGCGGCUGCCAACUACGCUUGGGUUAAUCGGUCGUCUAUGACUUUUCUUGCUAGACAGGCUUUUGCUAAAAUUUUCAAUUCAACACCUGAUGAUUUAGAUAUGCACAUCAUUUAUGAUGUAUCGCAUAAUAUUGCUAAAGUAGAAGAGCAUUGGAUUGAUGGAAAGAUGAAAACUUUAUUGGUUCAUCGUAAAGGAUCAACUCGAGCCUUUCCACCACAUCAUCCCUUAAUUCCUGUUGACUAUCAGCUAACUGGUCAACCUGUACUUAUCGGUGGUACUAUGGGUACGUGUAGUUAUGUUCUAACAGGUACUGAGAAAGCUAUGACUGAAACAUUUGGAUCUACAUGUCAUGGUGCUGGUCGGGCACUGUCUCGUGCAAAAUCUCGACGUAAUUUGGAUUAUACAGACGUUUUAGAACAGUUACGAGAAAAAGGUAUAUCCAUACGUGUUGCUUCUCCUAAACUUGUUAUGGAAGAGGCUCCUGAAUCAUAUAAAAAUGUUACAGAUGUUGUAAAUACAUGUCAAGCUGCUGGAAUAAGUAACAAAGUACUCAAAUUACGUCCAAUUGGUGUCAUCAAAGGCUAG